GGCGACUGUGGACCUCAGGACGGCAGCAGCGGCUUAGAGUCCUGCCUGUGCCCUCUGGAGGUGGACGUGGCCCAGGCGAUCAGAUACGGCGGCGAUGCCUUGGUGGCAGGGUUCCCGGAGGCCCGGUGGGAGCAGCUGGAGUUGACUCGGUGUGCGUCCCCCCUGAAUCCCGGUUCUUGGGAGGCGGAGGCAGGAGGAUGGCACCCAGCACCUGGCCAGCGGGGUCCUCCAUUUCCCUCUGGAUUUCCCCUCCUUGCAGACCCUGUCUCGGUCCCUGAGGUCACCUUGGAGAAGGAGCCACUGGGCCCAGACGGGAGACGGCUGGUGGCCCUGCUGGGACAGCCGCCGCAGCUGGCACUCCCAGAAGGCUGCCGGGGGCCAGCGCCGGGUGCCGCGGUCACUCACUUCGUGAGAGUCCAUAUGCUGUCCUGCCGGUGCCAGCCCAGGGCCACCAGGACCCUUCGCCUGGGGAAGCCCUUCUUCCUGUCGGGAUCCGCCUAUGACGUAGCCGUGUUCUCCAAGACUCGCUUCGGCCCCGGUCCCAACCGCACGUGGCACCUGCCCGCCGAGGACCACGCAGAGCCCGGGUCUCUGAAUGUCACUAGUGGAGCCGAUGGCACUGCCCUGAGCUGGGCAGCGCGGCCUCCGGGCACCGUUUAUUGCAUUGAAUGGCGGCCACGGAGCCAGAACGAGAGCCAGAGUCACUGCAUGGUGACCACGCCCCAGGACGGGGACCCCUGGUGCACAGGUAAGGGUCAGCACCUCAUGGUGGCUCAACUGGCCUCUGUUAUGGUGUCCCGGCAGGCUGCAGCCUCCAGGGACAUUGAGUCCCAGGGAACUGUCACCACUUUCAAGAAGUCACACCCUCGUAAUGAUGUCACCUCCAGGGUGUUUUUAAAUAUCCAAGGGAGCCCCAUGGAGGACAAGGGCGUUGCAGUGGGUGGGGACGGGCUGGGGACGGCACAGGGAGGAGAUCCAGGAGGGGGGCAUUGGUGCGAGGGUUUUGCAGCAUGUGUAGGAGUUUCCUAUGAGCUCUUAGUGCGUAGGGACACAGAUGGACUUAGUGUCCUGUUUUCCUGCUCUUCCUUCCAGUGCCCACGUCUGGAAUCCCACGCCUGUGGCGAUGGACGGGAGGAGUGCUUCCACGUCACCAUCUUUGCCUCGAUGCACCCAGACAAGCCCACAUCAUGGUCGUCCGUCCUGUCUUCCUUCUUCUUUGGGGGCAAUGCCUCGGUGGCCGGGACACCACAGCACGUGUCCGUGAGGAACCACAGCCAGGACUCCGUGUGGGUCACCUGGACGCCGUCCCCCCUGAGCCACUGCCCCGGUGUCCUGCGAGGCUACGUCGUCCAGUGCCGCGAAGAAGCUGGAGGCCGGGUGUCAGAGUGGCAGGUGCGGCCCACCGAGACCCAAGUGACCCUCCAGGGCCUGCGUGCGGGUGCGGCUUACGUGGUCCAGGUGCGUGCGGACACGGCAUGGCUUCGGGGCACCUGGAGCAGACCCCAGCACUUCAGCAUCGAGGUGCAGAUAUCCCAGCUGUCCAUCGUCUUCGCGUCCCUGGGAAGCUUCGUGAGCAUCGUCCUUUUGGGCACCCUUGGGUACCUAGGACUGAGCAGGGCCGCGUGGCACCUGUGUCCACCCCUGCCUACACCCUGUGCCAGCUCGGCUGUGGAGUUUCCUGGCGGCCAAGGGGAGCAGGCUCAGGGUUUCCGGGUCGCCUGGAGACAAGGUUCAGGGCCUUCACUGAUUGGUCCACGUGGACCUUGGCACGUGCACUCGCCAGGCCGGGUGUCCCUCUCCCCAGCUGAGUCCACACUUUGUCACCAGUGUACCUCGCCCGACACACCUGUUUGUCGGCAUCCAUUAAAAGAAGGCCUCUCUGGGUAG